AUGGUCAAGCAUUUGGCCACCGAAAAGAACGUAGUAUCUUGUCCUGCUGGUUCGAAAACGAAGGCUAGCUCGACAGCGACAACACAAGACUCGGUGUAUGGCGGCGGGCCAUGCCUGAGAGAGAUUGGCGUAUGCAAGGAUAAUUUCAAUCAAGUGUACGUCGGGCGAGAUCAGGGAAGUUCAUCCGGGCUUGCUAGAAACACCGAUUCUAUGGAGCGAAAUAAAGGGGCUAUCGCUGCUCAAAGAUCCGAAAACGGCCGAGAAGACCGGGAAGGGGAGAGACGACUGACGCCAGAGGAAUACAUUACCCGCAGAAAACAGAUUGCUGUUGAAAAGGUAAUGAGUAGCUUUCAAAGGUGGCUAGACAAGAGACUCGCGAUCAUUUCCUACACAAUUGAAACUUCCGAGGCCUCGGACGGCGCCGGCGCCGGCGCUCGUGGCGCUGGCUCACAGAACAAGGAGGCGGGCAAGAAAAUGUCUGGGGGUGCGAGUAAUCGACCCAAGCGCCAGUUCUGUGACGACGACAAUGCAGACGACCUGCCAGGGGAGGACGACAAUGGACAAGAUAGGGGAGGAAACAACAAGCGCGCUAAAAAGGACACUGACCCUGAAGAGGUAAAGCUAGCCUGUCCUUUUCAUAAGCACAACCCGAAAGCACAUAAGAAACCUGUUUGCAUGACGGGAGGAUGGAAGUCAAUCCAUCGGCUAAAGGAGCAUCUAUACCGAGUGCACCUGCUACCAAAACACAAUUGUGCUAGAUGCUGUUCCUCGUUUGCGGACGAUAAGGAGCUCCAGGCACAUUUGCGAGCUGAUGAGCCAUGCAAGAAAUCGGACAUAGUCCCGGAAGAAGGUAUUGAUCAGGAUACGGAGAGAAAACUUCGGGAAAGGAAAAGGCACAACUCGAGCCAAACGGAGACUCAGCGAUGGAACGAGAUCUACUUACUGCUAUUCCCCAGCACGGAUCGUAACGCGAUCCCAAGCCCAUAUCCCGAUUACGACGCAACUACCACACAUUCCAGAAAUUUCGAACGCUAUAAGCGUGUGGAGAAGCGCAUUAAGAAGGAGCUCCCGAAGCUCGUAAGAAAGGGAGUAGAAAGGAAAUUUGAAAAAGUCGAGGACGAAAUGUUGCGUGGCUUUGAUGAUGUUAUUCGUCACUGCCUUGCUGAGUUCUUCAAGAACAACAUGUCUCAGGACGAAGGAUCCUCAGUGGCCACUCCCCAGACAGCAUCGAGGGCCACUACACCAGGCUUGACGUCGCUCGAGGAGCCCUGUGUGCCAUCAUUGGAGCCAAGUUUCGAGCCUCAACUCGACAUCGAUUACAUUUUCAACAACCCUGACAUGAUUUUCAGCUGUGACGUCGAUCUUUUCAACUACAACCCCCAAUACGGCCUAGAAAGUGGUUUAGAUGAAUAUGGCGUAGACAAGGUAUCAUCUGACUCGGGGUACAUGUCGACGACGCUAUGA